GUCAUGGCGGCUCGGAGCGGCCGGGGGUUGCUGCUGCUGACGGCUGUGUUGCUGGGAUUUUUACAAGCAUCUUCAACAUUUGAGGUUACCGAAGAUGGAAAGAUCUGCAUACUAGCCAAUUUCUCUGUACAAUUCACAGUGGACUAUAACAACACAAAGAGUCAAAAACAGAACGCCAGCAUUGAGCUUCCAGAUAAUGCUACAGUACUGCGUAGUAACAGCAGCUGCGGUGGCAAAGACAAAAGCCCAAUACUUGCAAUUGGAUUCGGCAAAGGACACUCAUUACACUUGGAGUUUGGUAAGAGUGGAGGUUUCUACAAUGUCACAAGCCUGACGUUCAAAUACAACCUGUCAGACACCACCAUUUUCCGUGACCCAACAGAAAAAGGAAUGAAAGAAGCAACUUCAGAUCCCGAUAUUCACGCAGGCUUGAAUACUUCGUACACAUGUGUUCACAGCCACAGGCUAAAGAUGGCAAAUGUGACUGUUCUUUUCACGAAUGUUAAACUUGAAGCGUACCUUGCAAGUAACAACUUCAGUCAUGAUCAUACACUCUGUAAGGAAGAUCAAGUGCCCACGACUCCUUCCACCCCUACAACUACCCCUACAACUACUACUCAGGCGCCGCCCACACCCUCUAAAAAACCAGAUAAGGGACAAUACAAUGUGACUGGUCACAGUGGUACCUGUUUGUUUGCUUCAAUGGGUCUGCAACUGAAUGUUACUUACAGUACAAAAAAUAAGACUAAAUCAGAUAUAUUGAUGAAUAUUCCAUUAAAUACUACUUACAACGGGACCUGUAACAAUGCCUCAGUUACGCUGAACUUGUUUCUUGAGAGAGCCAUGCUUGGUUUCCGUUUUGUACAGAAUGCAAGUAUUGACAAGUACUUUCUGCAAGGCAUCAAUAUAAUCAUCUUUCUUCCUUCUGAAGCUGUAGAAUCAAAAUAUAAUGUAACCAACAACAGCCUGAGUGAACUGAAAGCUACAGUUGGAAAAUCUUUCAAGUGUAUCGCAGAGGAGAAUAUCUGGGUCUCAGACAAUGCUUCGGUCAACUUAUUCGAUGUUCAGCUUCAGGCUUUCAAGUUUGAAGGAGACAAAUUUGGAGCAGUGGAAGAGUGUCAGCUGGAUGAAAACAACAUGUUGAUCCCCAUCAUAGUUGGUGCAGCUCUUGCUGGACUUGUCCUUAUAGUAUUGAUUGCAUAUUUAAUUGGCAGAAAACGUAGCCAUGCUGGCUAUCAAACAAUUUAAUGAUUUGCACUUAAUGAAACCAGUGUGGAAGAACAGCAGUUGCAAGAAGCAGAAACACCUUGUUUCUC